AUGCAGGAGAAGGAAGUGGCCUACUCCACCGCGGUGGCUGAUGAGGCAGCCUCGGAGGAGACUGCCGUCCACCUCAAAAACCUGAAGCUACAGCAUCAGUGGGACCCCAACCUCCCCGAUGAAAUCGCUGACGAGAUCGAUGAAGCCCUCCACACGACCGACAAGGGGGCGCGCGAGGGCAUGGCCCAUGAGCUGCUGGACGACUCGCCCUACCCCGAAGUGCGCGCUGCUGUGCCCAACUACGACGAGGGUGGCCACACCAACACCAUCCGCGCGUGGACCAUCGGUCUGAUCUUUGCCACCAUCGGUUCGGCCCUGAACAUGCUGUUCUCCAUGCGUAACCCCUAUAUUGUCAUUCCCUCCUAUGUCGCCCAAGUCGUCGCCUACCCAGUGGGUGUGUUCUGGGCCAAGGUCAUGCCGAAAAAGCAAUUCAGUCUAUUUGGACGUCAAUUUAGUCUCAACCCGGGCCCCUUUAGCAAGAAGGAGCAUGCCCUCAUUGUCAUCAUGGCCAACGCAACUUUCGGUGGUGGUGCUGCCUAUGCGACGGACGUCCUGUUGGCUCAACGUGCCUUCUAUAAGCAGUCUUUCGGAUGGGGGUUCGAGAUCCUCAUGUGUAUCUCGACGCAGAUGCUCGGGUUCGGUAUGGCGGGAUUCUUCCAUCGGUUCUUGGUGGCUCCAGCCGCUAUGAUCUGGCCUUCCAAUCUUAUUAACUGCGCCCUGUUCACGGCGCUUCACGACACCCGCACGCCGGACCCGUCCAAAGUCAAUGGAUGGCGCAUUGGCAAGUACCGCUUCUUCCUCUACGUGAUGAUCGGGUCCUUCUGCUGGUACUUCUUCCCGGGUCUCAUUGCGCCGUUCUUGAGUAUCUUUGCCUGGGUCACCUGGAUCAAGCCCCAGAGCCCGGUCGUCAACCAGCUCUUUGGCGGCUCGACUGGGCUGUCGCUGAUCCCCAUGACCUUUGACUGGACGCAAGUUUCGGGUUUCAACUUCAGUCCCCUUAUCGCCCCCUGGCAUGCGAUCGCCAACACGCUCAUUGGUAUGGUGAUCUUUUUCUGGAUCGCGACGACUGGCAUCCAUUACAGUGGCACCUGGUUCGCCGAGUACCUGCCUAUUAGCGACUCCAGCAGUUACGACAACACGGCUAAUACGUAUAACGUCAGUCGCAUUAUGACGCCGGAGUUCACCCUUGAUUUGAAGGCAUACGAGGAAUACUCCCCGCUGUUCCUGUCCACGACCUUCGCCCUGUGCUAUGGUCUCUCUUUUGCUACUAUUAUUUGUCUGCUCGUCAACACCGGUCUCUUCCACGGCAGUGAGCUCUGGGUGCGCUUCCGCAACUUCGGUAAGGAGGAGGAGGAUGUCCACGGCCGCCUGAUGGCUCGCUUCAAGCCGGUCCCGCUCUGGUGGUACGGGGCAGUGGUGUUGUCUAUGAUUGGCAUUGGUCUUGGAGUUGUUUUGGGCUAUCCGACCCACUUGGACUGGUGGGCAUUUUUCGUGGCCUUGAUCAUUGCUGUGGUGUGGUACGUGCCCAUCGGUAUCAUCCAGGCGUCUACCAACAUUGCCCUCGGGUUGAACGUCUUGACCGAAUUUAUUGUCGGGUAUAUCCAGCCGGGUAAGCCCAUGGCCAUGAUGCUGUUCAAGACCUACGGGUACAUGAGCAUGUACCAAGGGCUGUAUUUCAACCAAGACAUGAAACUAGGCCACUACAUGAAAAUCCCCCCUCGUGUCUCCUUUUCCGGACAGAUGGUUGCCGCCUUGUGGUCCUCUAUCGUGCAGAUCGCCGUCAUGAACUGGGGUCUCGCGACCAUCAAGGACGUCUGCAGCCUGGAUCAGGUCAACCACUACACCUGCCCCAACGGCCGUGUGUUCUUCAAUGCCUCGGUCAUCUGGGGCCUCAUCGGCCCCCAGCGGAUGUUCUCCCCGGGUCAGAUGUAUGUUAGUCUGCAAUGGUUCUGGUUGGCGGGCGCGUUGCUGCCCGUGAUCAUCUACCUCGCCGCUCGGAUGUGGCCCAAGUCCAACAUCCGGUACCUCAGCGCUCCCCUGAUCUUCGGUGGCGCCGGUCUGAUCCCCCCGGCCACCCCGCUCAAUUAUCUCACCUGGGGUGUUGUGGGUAUGAUCUUCAACAAGUACAUCCGCGACAAGUUCCGCGGCUGGUGGAUGCACUACAACUACAUCUUGUCCGCCGGGCUGGAUGUGGGAUUGGACUUGUGCACCAUCCUGAUCUUCUUGACGAUCGACCUCACCGGCGCGAGCUUCCCCGAGUGGUGGGGCACCCGCAUCGCCAGUGGUACCAUGGACACAAUGGGUACGGCCAUCCAGAAGACGGUCAACGGAACCUUUGGUCCGGCGACCUGGUAG